AAAAAAGUUGACAGCUCUCUUUCUUUGGUGUGCUACAUUUUUGUUUAGCGCAGCAUUUUAAAAUUAAUUAACAAAUUGCGCAUUCGCAGCAAUUACAGUUUCUUCAACGAUUUGUGGUAGAAUUUCUCAAUAAAAAAAAUGGACGAUUUAAAUGUGCAACUUAAAAGCGAGUUGCCUGUUGCUAAUGACGACGACGAUCAAGUGAAUACUCCUUUGCGCAGAGAAAAACCAUUGACACCUGAUCCACCAACUGAUUGUGUCGGCGGUGUUGGAUGGAAUAGCGACGAUGAUGGAGAAAAUGCGAUGCCAACCCAAGAAGUGGUGAUCAAAAAGUUCAGUCCACGUUUUGACCCUAAUGAAGACGAUGCAACGCCACCAAGAACCUCGAAUACCACAAAUGAAAAUGUAGAGGAAGCCGCUGUUGAGGAUGUGAAGAUCAAAUAUGAGCCGCCACGAGGAAUGGAUUUCGGUGGAUUACUGGAUGAACUGGACGAUAUGGAUUUGGAGGGCGUAGUAAAUGCGAUUCGAAGUCGCAGAGCCGAAAUGGAUAACAUGGACUUGAAGCCGCUUAAAACUGAAGAGGAAAUUAGUGAGACUGUUGCCGAUGCGGAAGUAGAUGCUGCAGUCGAUGAUGCUAGUGCUGAUGCUGAUGAUGAAGAAAUGAGGUUGCUCACCGAAGAGCAUGAUAAAAUACUUGAAAUAUUGAGGCGCAGAGAGGCUGAGAAACAACAGAACCCAACGAAGCAGGAAACCACAAAGAAAAGAAAGCACAAAAAGGAGAAGAAACACAAGAAACGUCGCAGUUCAAGCCCGGAAUGCAGUUCUCGUAAAAAACUGCGACGGACGCAUAAAACUAGCAACAGCAAAGAUGAUGACAUAGAACUGGAUUAUGUUCCAGUGCGUGAUUCCGAAAGAUCCCUUAAAAUUAUCAGCAUCAAGAAGCUAUUGCCAGGUGACACAGCCACUACUGCUACUGCUGCGGGUCCAAAAUUGGGCAUCAAAGAGAAGCGCCAACUGGCUGUGGAACGUGUGAAAGCCACACUUAAAUUGCUGGCUCUCGAAAGAUCGGAAACACCGCCAACCGAAUAUCUGGUAGUGGACACCAUUAAGAAACUGCCAGGCCGCUCGUCAGUGUUGUGUGGAGCCAACUUUGAGAAUCCCUCACCAUUGUGCAACAACUUCAAUGUGUCAUAUCAAUUCAAUUCAACCACGCCAAACAUCAGCAUAGCCAAGUGGGGUUUGGAGGCAUUGCCAAGGGCAACAGUUGCUCUGCUCCGCCUCACGGGCAUUAGCGUGAACCGCUUAACACAAUUGCUCCAACAUUCGAAGAUGCCAUUGCAAAAGCUGCGCCAGCAGGAGAAGGCAUCCAAGGGCAAUGAAGAGGAUGAGAACAUGUGCACCGGCCUCUUUCGCAGCCUUGCAACCCAAACGGAUCCAAAUAUUGGCAAUCGAACACAAGAUGUUGGCACUCAGGCAAUGCCAUCAGGAUCGUCAUCGAGUCAGGGUAUCUUUUGGCUGGAGUCGGAUUACUGUGAGACAAACUUGUCGCAGCAACAUGCCAAUGUUGUGUUUGCAUUAAAAGAAUUGUGUGCCACAAUGCCUAGUUCCACAUAUUGGGCUGAUUCGAUAUUUAAAGGACUGCAAAUCGCUUUGAAUGCUAAACGUGCAGAAGCUAAGGAACUGCGCAGUCGCCAUUUAUAUUCGCGUGUUUAGUAGUAACAUGUUACCAAAAUACUUCAUUAUUACACUCUUUGAAAAGGAGCUCAGGGAGUAGCUUUCGUUUCAUCAUUAUUUAUAAUAAUAUUAUAAUAAUACAUAUUUCCUUUAUUCCUUUAAAUUACCUUCAAAACUCAUAUCAUAAAUAUUUAAUUUUUUAAAUAAAUGUACGUGCCUUAUAAUAAAGUUUUUCAAAUAAUAUUUGCAUGCUACAAAUUUGAAAUAUCGAUUACCGAUUGCAUGCAAAUGAUCGUUCUUGCGUGUUAUCGGUAACCACCAGACGCAUUGGCCAUUCACUACAAGUCAUUUAUUUUAUUUGUAAAUGGCGCCAACGCGGAAAUUAAAAUAAUUUCAUGAAUAUAUUUGAAAAGUACAUUGAAAAUAAAAAUGAAAAAGGCAUUUAAAUGUAAA